UUUUUUCUAAUUUCUUAAAACAAAUCUUUUUAUCUCGCUUUAUCUAUAAAACUUUUUACUUUUUUUUUUUUCUCUUCUUCAAUUGUUAUUUACGGCUAUAAAUAUAUAAACGUUAUGUUUCAAGGUCAACCUAUACGGACAAAAGAUGAAUUAACGAAACUACAAGAUCAAUAUACUCGAUCAAGAUUACAUCCUCGAUGUUGUGGUUGUUUUCCCAAUUGGUUUGGAAGUCUUUUAGGCUCGUUGAUUAUGUCUGGUUUCAGCUUUUACUUUGGAGUAUUAUCAUUUAUGCAAACAAGUCCUUUUUUCUCCAAUCUUGCUACUGCUCCAUUAAUUGUAUUUGGUGUUAUCAAUAUCAUCUUUGGUUUGGUCACCCUUUUUACAUUUAUCAUGAUUGUGAUUUCGCAUCGUGUAUUCGAUAGACACCUGGUUUAUCUACUUGGAGUGACAUCAGCAGCAGUGGUUGUAGAUGCAUUCGCCAACUUUGUUUAUUUUGUUGCAAAUCCAAAAGCUUUUCAAGAUUGGUGUAUAUCUGAUGGAUUAUAUCAAAUACAAGAUAGUGUCAAUAUGAAUACUACAAUCCCUUUGACAACUGAUUAUUAUAAUUGUGAACGAUUAUUCAAUGAUGAAAUCAAAUGGUCCUUAUUAUGUGUUGUCCUGAUAUUUUUACUUUACGUACAUUGGACUGUUUUUAUUGCUACUUUUAUUGGAAAGGUGUUCAUUCCAUAUGAUCCCAUGCUUAUUGUACCUGAUCCUAUACCUGCUAUGGAAGCUGUUCAACCUCAUAUUAUGGCCAACAUUGCACCUUCUUCCUCUCAACAACAACAAGUAGAAGAAACCUAUUAUCAUAAUGUCAAACCCGGUGGACCAAAUCCUUUGUUGCCUAUUGAUCAUGGACGGCGCACUUUGAACUCGGAUAAAAUAUUGAUUGGGCCCAUUGGAGUCACUAGUUAGGAUGUUUUUUUUUGGUUGUACAAUAACAAAUCAGUGACACAUUCCUCUCUUAGAAUUAGAACAUGGUCUUUUAUCUGAUCCCCCUUCGACAUAUAUUACGAUCAUCAUCCUCAUUCCUAUUUUUAUUACCCCAUAACCAAUGUACAUUACAUCACUUAUUUUUUUUCUUCUUCUUCUUUUCUUUAUUUAAUAAACUAUUUAAAGUUUUAU